AGAAGAAGGAAGAAGACGACGACACGCAAAAGCAGAAGAAACAGAGUGAAGCAAAAGUAAAAAGUAGGAGGAAUUAAUGGCGUAACGUGGCGUGUCGUCCUCGGCGCACGAUAGCUUAGCUCGCUGAUUUUUCAUUCUUUGGAAGAUUUGUGUUCCGCUUUUCUCAACAAAACGGCCAAGCAACACUUUACUCUUGUCUUACCAUUAAUAUACACACAUUUAAACAAAGUAUAUCAGGGAAAUACAGAAUCGGAUAAAGCAAUGAACUUUGAACUUGAAAUGUAAUGUUGUAAAUCAAAGUGUUAAGAAAGGACGAGUCUUUUGCUUUUCUGGUUGGUUUGGAGGAGGCAAUGAGGACGACGGAGUUGGUGAUAGUUGUGGUUGUGUUGGCGGUCGGAGUUCUGGCUUCGACGUCGUUUUCGGCGAAUGUGACGUACGAUCACAGGGCGCUGUUGAUUGAUGGAAAGCGCAGGGUCUUGGUUUCUGGCUCCAUUCACUACCCUCGCAGCACUCCCGAGAUGUGGCCAGACCUCAUUCAGAAGUCGAAGGAUGGAGGUCUGGAUGUGAUUGAGACCUAUGUUUUCUGGAAUUUUCACGAACCUAGUCGAGGCCAGUAUGAUUUCGAGGGACGCAAAGAUUUGGUUAGAUUCGUGAAGGCCGUCGCUGAAGCAGGUCUAUAUGUGCAUCUUCGCAUUGGUCCUUACGUUUGCGCUGAGUGGAACUAUGGUGGGUUCCCUCUCUGGUUGCAUUUCAUACCCGGAAUCCAAUUUCGAACCGACAAUGAGCCUUUCAAGGCAGAAAUGAAGAGAUUCACGGCUAAGAUUGUUGAUAUGAUGAAGCAAGAGAAACUUUAUGCGUCUCAGGGUGGACCUAUCAUCUUAUCUCAGAUCGAAAAUGAGUAUGGGAAUGUUGCUGGACCAUAUGGGUCUCCUGGGAAAUCCUAUGUUAAAUGGUCAGCAGGCAUGGCUUUGUCUUUGGAUACAGGGGUGCCCUGGGUCAUGUGCCAGCAAGGGGAUGCUCCUGAUCCCAUUAUCAACACUUGCAAUGGAUUUUACUGUGAUCAAUUCACCCCGAAUUCGAACAAUAAACCGAAGAUGUGGACUGAGAAUUGGACUGGAUGGUUUCUUUCUUUUGGUGGUUCUUUGCCUUACAGACCCCCAGAAGAUGUGGCAUUUGCCGUUGCACGCUUUUACCAACGAGGUGGAACUUUCCAAAACUACUACAUGUAUCAUGGUGGGACAAAUUUUGGCCGUACUACUGGUGGACCUUUUAUUGCGACGAGUUAUGACUAUGAUGCUCCGAUAGACGAGUAUGGGCUUAUAAGACAACCUAAGUGGGGACAUCUAAAAGAUCUGCAUAAGGUCAUAAAGCAAGCUGAAGAAGCAUUGGGGGCCACUGAUCCAACAAUUACUUCUCUUGGUUCAAACUUGGAGGCAGCUGUUUAUAAAACUGAAACAAGAUGUGUUGCCUUUCUUGCUAAUGUGGGAACCAAGUCUGAUGCCACUGUGACUUUUAACGGCAAUUCAUACAACUUGCCAGCAUGGUCUGUGAGCAUCCUACCUGACUGCAAGAAUGUAGUUUAUAACACUGCAAAGAUUAAUUCUGCAGCCAUGAUUCCGAGUUUCGUACGUCAAUCUUUGAUAGAUGAUGUUGAUGCCUCCAAAUCCUUGGGCUCAGUAUGGAGCUGGAUAAAUGAACCAGUGGGUAUCUCGAAGGAUAAUGCAUUUACCAAACCCGGAUUAUUGGAGCAAAUAAAUACUACAGCUGAUAAAAGUGACUAUUUAUGGUACUCUUUAAGUAUUGAUGUCAAAGGUGAUGAGCCAUUUCUUGAUGGAUCUCAAACUGAUCUCCAUGUGGAAUCUCUAGGCCAUGGCCUUCAUGCUUUUAUCAAUGGCAAACUUGCAGGAAGUGGAAAAGGUAGGAAUGGCAAUUCCAAAGUUUCAUUGGAGAUCCCCGUCACUCUUGUCUCUGGGAAAAACACAAUUGAUCUUCUUAGUUUGACUGUUGGACUUCAGAACUAUGGAUCUUUUUUCGACAAAGUGGGUGCGGGAAUCACUGGUCCAGUGAAGCUAAAAAGUGCAAAGGGUGGUGCUACCCUUGAUCUCUCGUCUCAACGGUGGACAUAUCAGAUUGGACUUAAAGGUGAAGAGUUAGAUCUGCCUAUUGGUGACUCUUCACAAUGGAAUUCACAGUCUACUUUGCCCAAAAACAAACCUUUAACAUGGUACAAGACAAGCUUUGAUGCCCCUGGUGGAAGUAGCCCCGUUGCACUAGACUUAACAGGAAUGGGGAAGGGUGAGGCAUGGGUGAAUGGACAAAGCAUUGGGCGUUAUUGGCCAACAUAUAUUGCUCCAAAUAGUGGUUGCAAUGAUAAUUGCAACUACAGAGGAGCUUUCGAUGCAGACAAAUGCCACAAAAAUUGUGGGAAGCCGUCUCAGGAACUGUACCAUGUUCCCCGAUCAUGGUUGCGACCAAGUGGAAACACUCUUGUAUUAUUCGAGGAAAUCGGGGGUGAUCCAAUGCAAUUAUCUUUUGCCACGAGAGAGAUUGAGAGUUUGUGCUCACACAUUUCGGAAUCUCACCCACCACCUGUAGAUAUGUGGAGCUCAGAAUCAAAAUCAAGAAGGCAAUUAACGCCUGUACUGUCACUCGAGUGCCCAUCUCCUAAUCAGGUCAUUUCUUCAAUCAAGUUUGCGAGUUUUGGAACACCACACGGGUCCUGUGGGAGCUUUAACCAUGGCAAAUGCAGCAGCGCUAGAGCUCUAUCAGUUGUACAGAAGACUUGCAUUGGAUCAAAAAGUUGUAACAUUGGAGUUUCAAUAAACACCUUUGGUGACCCGUGCAAAGGGGUAACGAAGAGUUUAGCAGUAGAAGCUUCCUGUACAUGAGAAGUCGUUGCUCUAUGGGGAAUAAUUGCUACUUAAUUAUUUGCACGAUUGAAUAAGUUCAUUCUCAUGUUGUCACAGUGGAUGCUUACCUGAAAAUGAAAGGUAUCGAACCACUGUAAUCUUGGCAAAAAAGAAAUAAUAGCUCUUCAAUCAAUUUACAACAAUUAUGUUGCGUCUUUUUCUUGAGGAGAAAUGAAAGUUUUCCAGGUUUUUUUUUUAAUAUGUAGGUUUUCUUUAUAAUGUCAUUUGAUCUAUUUUAAGUA